AUGACGGAAUCCGCUGAGGAAGCUCUCAGAAAAAGCCGAGAAAGCAGGUUUCACAACAUGUCCAAAUCAUCUGGAGACUCCAACUUCAUUCAAAUCCAGAUUCCGCUCGACUGCUACGCAGGAGACGCGUUUGUCGUGGAAGUCGACGAUGCGGCAUUUCAAAUCGUGGUUCCUGCUGGCUGCUCUCACGGAGAGGUGAUUUACAUGGACAUGCGCGAGGCCAUGAGAUUUGAUGAUGAAAAAGACGGAGACACAGGGACAGCGCGCGGGAUUUUCUCACAGCCCUACAAGGACAACGCUUGA